CUCUCUCUACUUGCCUCUCUCGAUGUGCGCGUGUAGAUAGUAAUGGAAAAACCGAUACGACGUCGACGCGACACCGUCCGAGCACCAGCAACCACUCGUCGGUGACCACCACUGAUUCCCACGGCGGCGAUAACCGUCAUCCACCGCCCGCUAGAGAACCUGAGUGGCUUUCCGCUCGGAUCGCCGGCGCGUUCCGAGUCAUUGACGAACUCCUGUCACAGAGCUGUGAUGCGAGCGCGCCUCCGUUCAGCCUCUCGUCUUCCCUCUGCAACUCGAUUCCGUUGAUACCGCGAGCUUCGCUGCCAUGCGUGUGCUGCAUUCUCUAUCUCGUCUCCUUCUCUAGUCUCUCCGUCUCCGUCUCCGUCGCUCGCUCGGUUUGCGUUUGAGCUUGGGAUCCGAAGAAGAGUGUCUUCGUCGACAUGUCGGACUGGUUCACCUCCAAACUCAAAGCUGCCGAGAGUAUUCUUCAGAAGAUCGAUCAGCAAGCAGCUGAGUCGCUCCGUAAGGAUGAGAGGCCUCAGUCAGAUGGUCUAAGCGUUGAUACUCCAACGAGGACUGGAGGCUCAGUGCCUUUGAAGGAUCAAUUGAAAAAGAAAUCACCGGAUAAUAGCAACCAUGGAGGUAGAUUAUUUAGUGAUUUCAGCAAUAGCACGAUUAGCCACCAUGAAAGUAAUAAGGGGAUUCCAAGCACUUCGAGCGCGAAACCCAGUCCAACACCUAACUCCAAUGUUACUGAUGGUGACUGGACUGAGUUAUUGAGUUCACAAAAUCCGCCAUUGGCCUCCCCUGGGAAACGUAGCAAUGGGUUGCCUGGGGUUGUUGGUGGCAAGAAUAACUACAGGAGGCAGGGGAGCUUUGGUUCCAAGUCUAUGUCGGCGGAGCUGAAGAGGAACCAAAAGACAAGUAACACUGUUGCGAAAGUAUCUAGGAGGUCGGGCGUUCUCAGGGACAACAAGUUGAAUGGGAAACCUGCUGAUGGAGAAAACUCUGGGUUAUCUGAUUCUGCAGGCAUGAGGAUGGCUUCAGAUGUUAAUUCAGCAAAUAAUGGGAAGUUUGUGAAGCAACAAGCUUUAGAUCAGAAGGUUGCGAAAGGAAAUGCAAUGCUUAAACCGGCCCAUGAGGAAAGUAUGGAGAAUGUUGGGCAGUUGAAUGUCCCCCUUCAGGAGAAUGUCUCUCGUUUAAUAGGUGGCAGUGGUUCCACUGUACUACCAAUCGCUGCUGUUGAUGCUGCUUCUCAAUUGAAGGUAGGAUUUGACAGAGAUGGUCAUGGGGUAAAGGGCACUUCGGUUACUUCUCUUCCUAGAGAUGUCAAUGGGACAAGCAAUGCUGGUUCGGCCUCAGAGACUACAUCUGGUUCCACAUCUGAUUCUGAGAGUGAAGAUGAACGGGAAAGAGAGGAGAGAAGAAAAAGAAGGGAGAAGAUUCUUGCUGAGAAAGCAGCAGCUAAGGCUGUUGAGGCCAUUAGAGAACGUGAGAAUAUGGUUGCAAGGUUAGAGGGAGAGAAGCAGAGUUUGGAGAAAAUAAUCGAAGAAAGGGCAAGGCAGCAAGUGAAAGAGGCUUCGGAGCUGCAGACAACAAUGAUGGAGACUAUGGAAGCUGUAGAGCUGGAAAAGCAGAAACACAACAAUACUAGAAUGGAGGCCCUUACACGGUUAGCUAAACUGGAGACCGCAAAUGCUGACCUAGCCAAAUCUCUUGCAACUGCACAAUGGAAUCUUGAAGUAGAGGUUAAGAGGGUGGCUGAACUUCGGCAACAAAUUGAGUUGAAAGAAGUAGCGCACGAGGAACUAAGGAGGAGGAUCUCCAACGGCCAUCAGACAGGAUCCUCUCUAAAGCAGUUAGCCUCCACGAAGGCAUUGGAAGUUGAACGAGAGCUACUUGAGGCAGAGUGUGCUUUUCUUGCUGACAAAAUUGAGAAGUUGGAGGAAAAGGCUAAGAAUAUUGAAGCAAACAUUGAAAUGACAAGAAAGGAAAUGGAGGAGCCAACGGAAGUAGAAUUUGAGUUGAAGCGACGGCUGGGUCAGCUAACUGACCAUCUAAUUCAGAAACAAGCCCAGGUCGAAGCUUUAUCCUCGGAGAAGGCUACUCUUGUGUUCAGGAUUGAGACAGUCUCAAGGAUGCUGGACGAGGGCCAUUCGACUAUUAACGUGGACAACUUCUCCAGCAUCCCCUUGAAGGACAUAGAGUCGGGGACCUGGGAGCUAUUCAACUCGAAGACAAGGCCCUUGCUGGAAGGCAAAAUCCGGUCCGGGAGGGAGCAGCUGCACUUAAUAGUCCGGCAGUUGGACGCCAUUUUCUUGGCCGGCUCUGUGUUUCUCAAGAGGAACCCCACGGCCAAAAUCUGGUCUCUCAUUUACCUCGUGUGCCUCCACCUGUGGGUGCUCUACAUUUUCACUUCCCACACGCCGCCGACGCCGGACGCCCAAUCUGGCGCGGUCAUGUCCUUGGAAAACAUGAACAGCUCGGGCGUGUGAUCCGGUGAGCGCGCACGAUGUUUCUGCUUAUUUGAUGCGUCUUUGCCUCAGCAUUUUAGAGGCGCAUUGGUUUAUACCUGAUUUCCGGGCCAUGCUUAUUCAAUUUUUCUUCCUGGCCUUAAUAAACGAACUACAGAGAAAUGUAUGUAUAUUUUACAUCUCACAAAAGUAUAGAGCGACCAUUUUCAUUA